AGCCGGAUCACAGGGCUGGUCUCAUCCGCCGAAGUAGAGUUAUGGCCCAGCCAAAGGGUUCGUUGUAUAUGUAUGUAAAGGUACCCCCGCGCGAUGCCGCUCCUUGAAAAAGAAAAAGGACACCCCUUGCGACAACGAUGAGGCAGUAGCAGUCUGCCCGAGCAUGUCUGCAAAUGGUCUGCAGCAAGAUGUCGAUAUCAGUUGGCGCAUCUGGGUCGGAACAAUUACCACAGUGGUGCCGGCCACGUUUGCGGUGGUUUUGCGGUUCACUGCACGUUACGUUGCGAGCGCUGGACUCUGGUGGGACGACUGGACGAUUUUAGCCUCCCUGGCUGUCAACUGGGCGAUGGCAGCGAUACGAUGGGUUCAGGUGUUGCAUUAUGGUUAUGGUCGCCAUGCCGCAUUCCUUGCCGCCGACAAAGUUCAGUCAUUCCAGAAGAGCUUUCUUGCAGUUCAAGUCACCUAUUUCACCAAUGCGGUCACUACGAAAGCCUCUCUGUUGCUUCUAUAUUAUCGAAUUUUUGGGAUUAUCAGGGGAUUCUGCUACGCUCUCUGGGUAUCAGGGGGGAUUAUUGUCAGCUAUUUCAUAGCCUGCAUGAUCGUCUGUAUUGCGGGCUGCCAGCCGGUAUCAUAUUUCUGGAACAAACAUCAGCCUGGCAAAUGUAUAGACGAAGUCAACUUCUUCCGUUGGAAUGGGUUCACCAAUAUGCUGCUGGACUUUUUGGUCCUCUGCCUGCCCCUUUCAAUGACAUGGCAGAUCAGAGCGAGCUGGAGGCAAAAGUUCGUCAUUAGUGGUAUCUUUCUUCUCGGUGGAUUUGUCUGUGUCGUCUCUAUCCUACGCAUCAUUGCAUUCAAUAAAUCCAAUCCAAAAGAUCCUACUUACACCACAAUUAAUACAGCAAUGUGGUCCUCUAUCGAACAGUCCGUUGGAAUCGUCUGUACUUGUCUUCCAACGUUAAGACCUCUGGUGCGACGAAUCUAUGAAACCUCCAAAACUACCGCGACAGAAAGUUCUACUGGCUCUCAAUCUCGGAUACGGUCAACUAACAUCCACCUAUCUAACCUGGGAUCGACCCAAACUACUAGUUCCGCCGGAUUUAUUGGACUUGGAGACGAUGACUCCCUGGACGAGCACAGCGGUAUCUACUCGGGGCCCAAGGGCCGUAUGAAAUCAAAGGUUAGUGUGGGACAGGAUGGCACUGGACGACCGGUCGAGCCUGUCCCCUCAGGAAUCCGACUGGAAAGGGAGAUCCAUCAAACAACGAGUUCUAUAUGAAUAACUACUUACAAUAAUAACGAUGUAUAUACGUGAAAUGAUGUACAGUACGGACUUUAUCGGCU